AUGGAAAAUGAAGACAGUCAAGUUACGAUGAAUGAAGGAUGGCUCAAGGCUUGCCAAGAAGAGCUGAAUCAGUGCUUCAAAAAUGGUGUUUGGGAUUCUGUUCGCAGGUCUGGUAAAGGAACUAGCAAUACUCUGAAGUGGGUCUAUAAGGACCAGACCAGUGAAUACGGAUUUCUUGUCAGGCGAAAGGCUCGUCUUGUAGCUAAGGAGUACUCCAAAGAAGAAGACUGUAACUUUGAUGAAAAUGAAGCUUCCGCUGCUUGUUUUGAAUCUCUGCGUCUUCUACUUGGAGUGGCUUGCUUUUUGAAUGUUCAUCUUCAUCAUAUGAGCGUUAAAAAAAGUUGUUCUGAAUGA